AUUAAUGUCACACCGGAUAAUCCGCGUCGCCGUAAUUUCUGUAUCCUAGACAACAGACCAGAGUUGUAUAUUAUUUACUUAAGAAAUUUUGUUUUACUUACACCAUAAUUUCAUUCUCGAAUAUUGACACAUUAUUAUAGCCCCGUAUGCUUGUCUGCCACGACACUGACAGACUCAAGGGUUGGACCGCCUUGAUAAGCAUCCUAUGGCAUUUUGUUCCAAAAUGGCGUUGGCGAGCAUGGGAAAGGACGCGAUAAAUACCGAAGAUGAUCAUCACCUUAACAAUUCAUACGGAGAUGAUGGUCUUAUCUCACCAGAUAAAGAAGACAUCUCUCGCAUUCUGACGGUUCCUUUCAGUGGAAGGAUCAGAGAUGGAAUGAGGCCUGGGAAGAAGAUCAUUGUCAUGGGCAUCAUAGAUCCAGAGCCAGACAGCUUUGAUAUCAUUUUGACUUGCGGCCACAAGGAGGAGAAAGAUGAUGAGGAUCUCACAGAUGUGGCCCUUAAACUCAGUGUACGAUUUGCAGAACGACAGUACCUGAGGAGUGCACGGGUUUCUGGGAAAUGGAGUGAGGAGGAGGCAGCCAUAUCUUACUUCCCUUUCAUCCCAGACCAGCCGUUCAGGAUUGAGAUCCAUUGUGAGCACCAGCGUUUUAGGAUCUUUGUGGAUGGACACCAGCUGUUUGACUUUUAUCACAAAGUUAAGUCUUUGCUGGCCAUUAAUAUGAUCCGGAUAGUUGGGAGUCUUCAGAUCACUAAACUGGGCUGAACCUACAACAAAAAGGACUUCUGACAGGUGACCACGCCCACCUGUGCAUUUGCCACAAGCAAUGAAGGCCUCCCAGCAUCAUCUGCAUUUUGCUUUCUUCAUUUAUUUCUGUGUAUUGUUUCAUGACAGGUUGGUGAAUGGUUGCAAUUUCAGAUGUGUGUCCCUUGUUGAAUGGUUUAAAAAUCUUGUAGCUUUUUAUGUUUAGUUCAGUUUUUUUCAGGGAUUGCACAAUUUGAUAUGCACUCUGUGGCAGUACCAAGCGCCACUGGUGAUUUUGCUACUAUGAAUGGACACUGCCAGUCUAUGCGUGCUUGAUGUCUAGCAGUGUAGUUGAUGAUCCAAAAAAUGAUCCAAGACUCAGGAAAUCAGAUAAAGUUGGUCUACUUAGUAAUUUAAGACUAAGAAUUUGUCAUCAGAAUGAGUAAAAUAAGCUUGGAAGAAGUUUGACUACUAGAAUGUUAGAGAUUUUAAGAUUUAGCAUUUUUAUGUUCCGCCCCAUUUUUGGUUUGGCGUCUCAACUACCUACUUUAAUAAGCUAAAGUAUUUUGGGUGGAGAGUAUUAUUCAGGCCCCAGAUGUGUAGCAGGGUGUACAGUUAACCAGCCUUUUAUUCUUCAUAUAUCUGUUCAUUGCAACCAUUCAUUUUUUGAGAGAUUGUGUUUCACUGCAGAGGAAUGUCACGCGACUUAGUUGACUUGAGGUUUGGAGUCAUCUUUGAAAUUGAAGCACUAAAUUUGGGUGGCGUGAUCAUCCUAUCAUUCUCUUCUAAGCCAACGCAGUAUUUCAGAACUUAAGUAUUAUGGGAAAUCCAUAGCAACCAAACCAACAAAUGAUUGUUUUCUAGUCCAGGAAUGAGAGCUGUUUUUCAUUACCUAGAUAAAGUGAAUUUUGCGAAACCCAACUUGGCUCAUAUAAAGUUUACACAAGAUCUUAAGCAUCAAGUAAAAGUUGAAGGAACACAAAUAACAGGGCUAAAUAGUUUUAUGAAUGUACAAUCAUCCACUCAUAGGCUGCAUAAUAGCUUAUGUGUGGGUGUAAAGUGGGUGUCUUCAAAGAAAAAGCCUAUUAUUCCCUCCAGCUCCCUUAUUUAUAACAUUCACUUGCCGCUUUGCUCCUCUUAAUAUAAAUGUGGAGUCAAGACUCAUCACAUUUCCUGUGUUCUGCUGUCAUUUCUGGCCUUUUGCCCACUUUAACAUCUGCAAGGCACCUCUGCCACAUACACUGUACCCACAAUGGUCUCUGUUGACAGAUCUGUACAUACAGUAAGCCCCAGCAAGCAUACGUAUUUAUGAUACCCAUUGUGAUUAUACAUUGCACUGUUGAUCAGUAUUAUGUUCAGUUUUAAAACGUAACACUCCCUGUAGAGUGGGGAAUUAAUUUUAAGAGCUUUGAUUAUUAAUAUUAAGUAAGAGUAACUAUUAAAGUUUCUUUUCGUUUCUUGAAUGUUUUGAUUUACACUCAAAGCAUCACUUCUUGGUCCCUCUUUAUUGGGAAAAACUCUGCUAAAUAACUUGAAGUGGGCCACUUACACUCAGAGUAUCUUUGCUGAUGUUUUUCCAGCUGUUUAUGCACCACAGAACUCAUGUUUAGUCUCAAACACAACAAAUUUAAUAACUAUUGGUACUGCCACGCAAGCAAUAUGGUUCUUGACCACAGGCAUCUCUCUCUAGUAAAGCUGACAUUUUGUGACAAAAACAUUUUGACUUAGAGUGGAAUGAGACAUAUUUAGCAUUUGAAGCCUGGACGUUUGGACCAAUGUGGAACACCAAAUAGUAUUGCUAUUUUAACUGGUACUUCUGUGGGACAUUCUUUGUUUUGUCUAAUACUGUUUUAAUGUUUAAAGGUGAAACUCACACUUUUGGAUGACAUUAAAUCUAUUAAAGUAUUGGCACAUAAAUGUUGUGUUUUGCAAAAUUUGCUGCUUCUGUAUUUGUAGAUUAUUUUGGCACAUGUUUCUAUGGUAUACUGGAUAUCUUAAUAUAUAUCUUCAGUUUUAAAGGC